AGAGCAACUCGAAGAAAUGUUGGAUGAGCCUUUCUUGAAAGUCACCCCAAAAGACAAGGCAAAACUGAUGGUGGACACAUCGUCACUGACUGUGGUAGAGGCUCUCAAUCUUUCAUCUGUGUCAUCGUUGGGGUCACCAGACAACCGUAGAGACCAAGAAACUCAGUGUGAUUGUCCAAACUUGGCUCCCCUUGACGAAGUAGGUCCACGGCAGCAGUUUCGAAGGACAAACUCCUUAUUACACGAUUUGCGUGAGGAAGCUGAAGAAAAUGGAAUAUCUGCAACUGAGCUUAUGGGAUAUUUGCUGCAUAAAGAAAACUAUAUCAGCAACAGGAAAACAGCGGAUGUUGGGUUGAAGCUUUUCAACAAGUCGUUGGUUGAUAAGGAGAUGUCUGUUGACAAAGGACUUUACAUUUUGUCUUCAUACAAUAUCGGAAGGACGGGGUACACUAAUCUCAGACGUGAUUUAAAUGAACACGUGACACUCCCAGCCCACUACAAGUUGAUGGAAAAGAAGAAUUCUAUCACUCCUGAACUGAAGCCUUAUAGCAUUGAUGACAACGAAGGUAUCACAGCUUCUCUUAAAGAAUCAUGCAGCAUACAUGUGAAAAGACUAAUAGAAGCUCAUCCAGAAAUUCAACCAGGACAGUAUAGAGUUCUCUGCAAAGACGGACUUGAUGGAUCGGGGCGCCAUUCCAUUUACCACCAGAAAGGACCGGCUCAGACAUAUAGCAUGAUAUUAUAUAUGUGGAUACUGCUGGAAGUCAUCAAAGAAGCUGGUUCAUCUGGAGAAAGUUCAUCUGGAGAGGGGUCAUCCCAAGCAUCAGGAUUGACCGUGUGGAAGGAAAGCGCAGCGAAUAGUCCAGAGGCUGCUGUUCCCCUAUUCCUCGUGAAGGGCAAAGAAGAUAGAGAGCUCCUAAAAUCAAUCAUACCUCCGAUUGAAGCAGAAAAAACAGCUCUGUCAACUACUGGAAUUGAGAUCAACAUCUCUGGUGCAUCAUAUCACUUCAGAUUUGAAUUUAAUUUGACAAUGGUAGAUGGAAAAAUGGUGAAGCUCCUGACAGGAAGGGGAGGAGCCUACUGUAUCCUGUGCCCUGCGUCCAGAGAUGAAUGUCAUAAUCUUGAUCGUAUUGAUGAGGGCUUCCCAAUUGGGGAAGUUAGUAAUGAGGAUCUGCGAAAACUUUACCAGGAUCUCCAAGACGAGGGGGAAAUUAAGCCAAAACCUGGUGAUUAUGCUGAAUGACGGGGACUUACCCAGAAA